GUAAAUAUACAUGUAAACAAGCCACUGUUCCGAUCCGAACAUCCCAGGCUCCCAGCCUCCCUCUCAGGAACACGACUUAAUUUAUCACCAAUAUCUUGUAUUAUCAAGUGACAGCCAUGAGUGCAAUGCAGAGGAGUCUUCUAAAUAUUAUCCAUGGAAAGACCAAGUGUUAUCAAACAUUUCUGAAAGCAAGACAUUUAUGCACAAGCCAGAUAAAAUUCAACAUAGAAGCAGAGCCUUCUGAAAAAGCUGGAUCAUUUCGCAUGAGGAGAUGGCAAUUCGACGGUUACAGUGGACUGGAUGGCAUUGUCUUAGCAAAUGUACGUGUACCACCUAUACUAAAACCUGGAGAUGUUUUGGUUAAAGUUUCAGCUGCUUCUGUAAACCCCCUUGAUACAGCAAUGUUAGGUGGUUAUGGCAGUGGCAUGCUGAAUAUAAUGCGGAUGAUGAGUCAGCUUGAGCAAGGCAUAGCUGACAUGAAUCACAUUGAAUUUCCUUUAACAGUGGGGCGGGAUUUUGCUGGUGAAGUUGUAGCUAUGGGCCAUGGCGUUACAGAUAUGUCAAUUGGAGAUAAAGUGUUUGGUGUCGUUAGCCCACAUUGUCAGGGAUCUCAUGCGGAGUAUGUUGUCACGUCAUCAUCAAACGUGACAAGCAUACCAGAAGGAAUCAGUCCAGAAGAUGCUGCAAGUUUACCAUAUGUAGGCCUAACUGCUUAUAGCGCAACUGUUAUCAGUGGAUUGCUUACCCCUGGUAGAGCUCUUGGAAAACGUGUUUUGAUCCUUGGGGCAUCUGGAGGUGUUGGAACAUUUUUAUGCCAGAUGCUGUCUGGAUGGGGUGCAGAGGUGGUAGGUGUUUGCAGUGCUGAUGCUAUGGAACUUGUUCUGAAUUUAGGAGCUACCCAUACAUUUGAUUACAGAGACCCAGCAACUAAAGAAAUAUUAUUAGGAGAUGCUGGGUUUGAUUUGGUUAUUGAUGCUGCUGGUACUGAUGACAUUGAUUAUGUGAAAUCAUUAAGGCCUUGGGUGGGAGCCUCGUAUGUUACGCUGUCGCCUCCUUUUCUGCGUAAUGCAGAUAACUUAGGCGUUGCCGGAGGAGUUAUAAAGAGCUUGAGACAAGUAGUUUGCAAAAAUGCAACAACUCUGACAGAAGGAAGAGCAUACAAGUGGGCUUUUUUUAUGCCAAACCCAUGGGCUUUGAAACAUAUUGCUUCGUUGUUGAAGACUAACAAGAUUCGAGCUGUCAUAGACAAGGUAUUCCCUUUCGAAGAGGUACCUGCUGCAUAUGAGACUUUAUUGAAUGGCCAUACAAGAGGAAAAAUUAUCAUCAAAGUCUCGUAGACUAAUAUACUAGAAGUAUUGUACAGGCAUAUGACAGAACUCAGCCACUGGGGGGAAAGCAAGCCAGCCCAACUCAGUGCCGGUCCCAAGCCUGGAUAAAUAGGGAGGGUUGGAGUCAGGAAGGGCAUCCGUCUGUAAAAUCUCCUGCCAGAACUUUUAUGAAAUGAGUCUUACAAGGAAUGAGAAUAGGGCUAGGGUGUCACCCGGAAGUGACCCACAGAUACAUCACCCUAACUCUGUGGACAUGCAAGGGCUAUUGCAUCGGGAGCAAGUGCGGCUAAAGAAACGAGCUCGAGAACUACGAGUAGGAACAUUAAAUGUUGGUACAAUGACAGGAAGAGGGCGGGCAAUAGCUGACCUUAUGAAAACAAGACGAGUAGAUAUUCUCUGUGCACAGGAGACAAGAUGGAAAGGUAACAAAGCGAGGGAACUUGGGGAGGGGUAUAAGAUGUUCUAUAGCGGAGCAAAUAGAGAAGGCAGGAAUGGUGUUGGAAUAAUUCUGUCAAGUGAAAUGAAGAAGGAAAUCAUUGAAGUAAAUAGAAAAAAUUAUAGGAUUAUUUGGGUCAGGCUGAUGGUUGAAAAUUGCACUGUUAACAUCUUCAGUGCAUAUGCACCCCAGAUAGGAUGCUCAGAUGAAGAGAAAGAUCACUUCUGGUCGGACUUAGAGAAGGAAAUGGAUAAUGUACCAGCAGAUGAAAGAUGCCUUAUCGGGGGAGAUCUGAAUGGGCACAUAGGCCAGAAUAACCAUGUGAUCAGCCGUAUACAUGGUGGGUAUGGCUAUGAUGAAAGAAAUGCAGAGGGUGAGAGAAUUAUUGAUUUUGCUGUGUCCAAGGAUAUUGUACUGGCAAACUACUUUUUUCACCAUGUGGCAAGAACAUCUAGUUACGUACAAAAGUGGCUUCAUUGAGGAGUGAGAGAUGUGUACUUCUGGUGAUAGAAGUUCACUCUCGACGUGGUUCGGAAGUCACGUAAAGCCGUUGGUCCCAUUGCUGAAUAACCACUGGUUUCAUGCAACGUAAAACAAAAAAGCAGCGGAAGGUCCAGCCAGAUAGAUUACUUGAUGUAUAAGAGGAAAGAUUUACGCGAGGUAAAAGAUUGUAAGGUCAUACCAGGAGACCAUGUGAGUGUGCAACAUCGUUUGGUGGUGAUGGACUUGGUUAUGGAAAUUGAACAAAUAAGGAAGAAAAAAAUGCAGGGUCCAAAAAGGAUUAAAUAGUUUAAGCUGAAAGAGAUUGAACUUUGCAGGCAGUUUAAAGAAAAAGUAUUAGAGGAACUAACUCAUGAAAUUGGGGAUGUUGAUGAAUGGUGGAACAGAACGAUGGAAAUAAUACUGAGGGUUGCUAGAGAAAUAUUGGGUGAGAGUAGUGGCAAGGUGCUCGAAAAUAAGGAAACGUGGUGGAUUUAUAUUAGUCUAGUCGCAAGUUGGAUAUAUGAUACACUGAGAUUAUAUUCUUUUAGUCCUCUGUUAGAAAUCUAAUAUGAAAAUACAGUAGGUAUUCGUAUUUGUAGAGAGAGAGGGGC